GCUAAAGAGGCAGUAACAGAAGCUGAGCAACAGGAUCCUACAAACAUUUUCACUCAAUUUUAUAUAUUCAAGAUUGCAAUCAUGGAGGGCAACUCUGACAGAGCUUUGCAGGUACUGAGUACUUUAAAGAAAUUAUUAACAAAUGAAGAACUGGAUGAUAAUGGCCUAUUUAAAAGUGAAGUUUCACCUACCAAAAUCCUAAGUUUGGCUAUACAGUUUGCUCUAGAGAAUGGACAACAAUUUGUGGCAGGCAAAGCUUUGGAAUAUUUAUCUCAGCUUUCAGAAGACCCAAAAGAAGUACUUGGAGCUUUAAAGUGUCUGGUUCGAAUUAUUCUUCCACAAGUUUCUCAAAUGCCAGAAUCUGAAAAUAAAAAGAAAGAAAUGGAUAGACUUUUGACUUACUUGAAUACAGCACUCCUGAAGUUUUCUCAGCAUUUUGAUGACGAUCCUUCAGCUUUGGAUUCUAGGGUUAAUGAUGCCAAUUGGUUCAGAAAAAUAGCUUGGAACUUAGCUCUGCAGUCUGAGAAGGAUCUAGAUACAAUGAAAAACUUUUUUAUGGUUUCUUAUAAGCUGUCCCUUUUUUGUCCUUCUGAUCAAGGACUACUGAUUGCACAGAAAACAUGUUUACUUGUAGCAGCUGCAGUUGAUCUAGAGCAAGGAAGAAAAGCUACAAAAACUUCCGAACAGGUAAUGUUGCUGAGAAUGUCACUUGAACAGACCCGGAAAUGCAAAAUUGUCUGGAAUCUCCUGAAACAAACAGGAGACUUUGCAGGUGAUGACUGUGAAGCAUUGCUUCUGUUGUAUGAGUUUGAAGUUAAAACCAAAACAAGUGAUCCAUCACUGUACAACUUCCUGGAUUCGGUAUGGAAAAUGCCUGAUCUAGAAAGCAGAACACUUGAAACAAUGGCAUUACUAGCUAUGGAUAAGCCUGCACACUAUCCUACUAUUGCACAGAAGGCCUUGAAAAAACUUUUAGUGAUCCACAAAAACAAAGAGCCAAUUGAUGUUUUGAAAUACAGUGAGUGCAUGCAUAAUUUGAUUGACCUUAUGGUGUCAGAUGGAAUAUCAAGUAUAGCUCCGUAUUCUCUGAAAGAAAUUUGGAGCCAUUUAAAAAAUGCUCUAAGCCUCAUUAGCCAAACUGAGGGCUACCCAGAAAAGGAAAUUCUAUGGCUAAUGAUCAAGUCUUGGAAUAUUGGGAUAUUGAUGUAUAGCAGGAACAAGUAUGUAUCUGCAGAAAGAUGGGCUGGCCUGGCAUUGGAAUUCCUUGGCCACCUUGGCUCCCUCAAAAUAAACUAUGAAGCUAAGGUGAAUCUUCUAAAUGCCAACCUCAUGGAAGCAUUAAAUAAAGGGUUGGAGUUAAGGUCUGCAGAGAUGGCUGAGCGGUUAAAAGCACUGGCUGGCCCUCCAGAGGACCCAGGUUCUGUUCCCAGCACCCAAACAGCAGCUCACAACCGCCUGUAACUCCAAGAUCUGACACCCUCACACAGACAUACAUGUAGGCAAAACACCAGUGCACAUAAAAUAAGAAUAAAUAAUUUUUUAAAAUUCCAGAUGGUAACAGAUCCCUACAGGAUCUCUUCUGGUUUCCAAGGUUACCAGGCAUGCACAGGGUGCAUGCAAAUAAAAUAAAAAUAGUUUUAAAGAGGGAGUUCACUUUUCAGUGAAGAGUGAUACUGAUUGGAAGCCGGUGUAUAAGCAAGCUGACCAGAGCAACUUGAAGGUGUAUCUUCAUGAGCUACUGAAUAUUUCAGGGUUUGACAUAUGUUCCCUGGAACUUUUGUUUUCUUAAGCCCUAUUUUUAUGUUAAAUGAAAUUUUCUCAAAUAAAAGCAUUUUGACUUUCA